AUGCGUCUUUUAGUAGCAAGAGCGCAGGAAUUGUAUGCUAGAGAGUACUCGGGUAUCCUGCGGCACUUGAUCCUCUCCCCUGAAACGCCGUCACCGCCUCGAUUCCCUCCACCAAACGCUGCGAACUCGGGAUUCAUGUCAUCACGUAUCGCCUCAUCGCCCCCGUUGGCCGUGCCACCAUUUCAUCCGGCUCUCUACACAGUGAACCGUAAAUGGUCCCAUAAUGGCAAAUUAACGAUUCCGGAUCUUGUACCGUCAGCAUCAUCUCGUACUGAUGAACAGGAAACUGAUAUCGAUGGUGAAGAAUGGGAUAAAGUACGUGAAAUGUUGGGACGUAUCCUUGCCCCGCAAGUGGUUCGCGUCGGUCCGACCGAAGCCGACAUUGCCUGGCAGCAACUGGAUACCUCAGAGGCGGCCGCUCCCGGUGGUCCAUUCCCCCAAAUCGAUGCCUCUGAAUUCACCUAUCAAAUCGUGCUAUUUGAGAAUCAUGGCAGAUUCGUCAGUACGUACAGAUGCGAAACGGAAACCGGCAACAAGCUACGUCUGUGUCAGCUUCGUCCGAAUACCGACUAUUACGUGCAAUUGAAGGCAUGCCUCGAAGAACGCGGUUUGGUUGGCGAGCCAAGUCAACCCGUGUGCUUCAAAACUGCACCGGGUCGACCAGAAGCGCCACUGAUGUUCCGGUGUGUUUCGCGCGGAAUCGAUCAUCUUGUUGUCGCAUGGCGACCGCCUAAUGACAAUGGUGCUAGCAUCACGACAUAUACUGUGUAUAUUAGCAAGCCGUCGGAUGAUGUAGGCGAGAAGGUAUGGGAGGGAAGGUUGUGCGAAGCACGUAUCACGAACUUGCGGCCUGCCACUUCGUACAGGCUUCGAGUAACGGCAGCCAAUCGUAUUGGUGAAAGCUCUGAAGCGCCUCCGAUCGUUGUCACGACGCGAAGUGACUGCCCUCCACCUGCUCCUCCUCCACCGAAUGUGGUUUCUGUGAAUACCCGUUGUGUGAAACUUGCUUGGAGUAAUAAUCCAGAAUGUACUUACACGGUUGAGAUGCACGAUGUCGCCGCUGGACCCAACGCCAUCAGUGUCGUAAAGGAUCGCAUUAGUGGUGCUAGCGCUCAAAUCAUGGACCUUAAAGCUGGUAGCGAAUAUCGUUUCCGCGUAAUCGCACACAAUGCCGAAGGCGAAUCACCUCGUUCUGAUUGGACGUACGUACGUAUGACAGGACGAGGCACUCCUGAUCGGGUUCUUGAACCCACGAAACCGUUGGCUGUAGCUCGAGGCCGUAACAAGUUUGAUGUCUCCUGGAAGUGCCCUGGUGCGAAGGACCGUGAGUUCACAUAUGUGCUGGAAGGCUCCACGGCGAAUCAACCCAAUCGUUUUCGCGUUUUGUAUCGUGGACCACUUAGUACUCAUACAGUAACCGAUGAGGAUAUUGUUCAUCUACGUGUCCAGAGUGUAAAUAGGAAGAAUGUUGCGAGUGAUUUCUCUGAAGUCAUCACGCUGGUUCGUGAGCCUGAGCUAAUAAUCACCAAACCUCCUCAGUUAUCCUCACCGGCUAUUGAAGGUUCUGGAAAAGGGGCUGUCCGCGUGUCAUGGACUGCACCUAGAACAGUGAUUCCUCCCGCGGCCACAUUGAUGUUCGAGUUGCGGCGUAUCGACGAUAAAAGCGAGAUAGUUUACUCUGGAUCGGAGCCAAAUUGUCGACUGGAAGGCUUGUCGAGCCGCCAACACGUCGAGGUUCAGGUAGAACCUUAUCUCAAGCCUCAGGUACGCGCUGUUGUCAUAGCACAAGAUGGUUCGCGCUACGAAGGUGACUGGAGUCCGGUCACUGGUGGAAACGCUCCUCGUGAUGCGCCAAGCACACCUACAGAGUUGGCGAUUAACAGCGAA